AUGGGAAAGAAAGAUCCCGAGGCCGAGGCCAUGGCCAACCACGUCUCCGGCCAGGCCAACAAGCCCAUCUCCCGUCCUGCCCACGCCUUGACUGUUGAGCAAGUCGUCCAGGAGCUCAGAGCGAAUCCGGACGAUGGCUUGACCCCCGAAGACGCAAAGGCUCGCCUUGACGAGUAUGGCCGUAACGAAUUCGGCGAAGAGGCGGGCGUCCAGCCCCUGAAGAUCUUCAUCGGACAAAUCGCCAACGCCAUGACCUUGGUUCUCAUUCUGGCCAUGGGCGCUUCGUUUGGCAUUGGGUCUUGGAUCGAAGGAGGUGUCGUGGCAGGUGUCAUUCUGCUCAACAUCACCGUUGGUUUCCACCAGGAAUUCAAGGCCGCAAAGACCAUGGACUCCCUUCGAUCUCUCAGCUCUCCCACCGCCCAGGCUGUCCGUGAGGGCCGAAACAUCACCGUCCCGACUGUCGAGAUUGUCCCUGGUGACAUGGUCGAGCUCAAGACGGGUGACACCAUCCCCGCCGACGUCCGCAUCCUCGAGGCCGUCAACUUCGAGACGAACGAGGCUCUGCUGACGGGCGAGUCCCUUCCUAUUCGCAAGGAGGCUGCUCUGACUUUCGAUGACGAGACCGGACCUGGUGACCGUCUCAACGUUGCCUACAGCUCCUCGACCGUCACCAAGGGCCGUGCUCGUGGUAUCGUCUUUGCCACCGGAAUGUACACCGAGAUUGGACAGAUUGCCGCCGCCCUCCGGGGUAAGAACUCUCGCCGUCGCGACGUCAAGCGCAAGGAGGACGGCUCUGCCAGCUUCGGUCGCUACCUCCAGGCGUGGACUCUGACCCUGUCUGAUGCCGUCGGACGCUUCCUCGGAGUGAAUGUUGGAACACCUCUCCAGAGGAAGCUGUCCAAGCUUGCGAUCCUCCUCUUUGGUAUUGCCGUCAUCUGCGCAAUCAUCGUUCUGGGGGCCAACAACUUCAACACGGUCCAGGAAGUAAUCAUCUACGCUGUCGCCACCGGUCUGUCCAUGAUCCCCGCCUCUUUGGUCGUCGUCUUGACCAUCACCAUGGCCGCGGGUACCAAGCGUAUGGUCCAGCGUCACGUCAUUGUCCGCCAGCUGAAGAGUUUGGAAGCCCUUGGCGGUGUCACGAACAUUUGCUCCGACAAGACCGGUACCCUUACCCAGGGCAAGAUGGUCGUCCGCAAGGCCUGGAUCCCCGGAAAGGGAACCUUCUCCAUCAGCAACACGAACGAGCCUUUCAACCCUACCGUCGGAGACCUCGGCCACAGCGUCGACCAGCCCAAGGACAUUGACUUCCGCACCAAGGAGGGUGACGGCGAGCCCUUCUCCAACACCGACGCCGAGGACCGCGUCAAGUCGAGCACCGUCCUCACCGACUACUUCAACGUCGCGUCGCUUGCCAACCUGGCCAACGUCCACGAGACUGACGGCGAGUGGCACGCGCGUGGCGACCCUACCGAGAUCGCCAUCCAGGUCUUUGCGUCUCGCUUCAACUGGAACCGUCUCCGCCUCGCGGGAGAGGGCAACCGCUGGAAGCAGAUUGCCGAGUUCCCCUUUGACUCCGACGUCAAGAAGAUGUCGGUCAUCUUCGAGGACACCGAGACCAAGGCUGAGGGAGGAGGCAACAAGACGUGGCUCUUCACCAAGGGUGCCGUCGAGCGCGUCAUCUCGUCCUGCCCCACGAUCCAGAUGGGCGACGAGGUUGUCGAGCUCACCAAGGACAUUGAGAAGGACAUCCUGUCCAACAUGGAGGCUCUCGCCCGUCUCGGGCUCCGUGUCCUGGCCUUCGCCAGCAAGUCCGAUAUCGGUGUCGUCGACGGCCACGAGAACCUGGACCGCAAGCUGUACGAGAAGGAUAUCACUUUCCGCGGUCUGAUCGGCCUCUACGACCCCCCGCGCCCCGAGUCGGGGCCGUCGGUCAAGAAGUUCCACGAGGCCGGUGUCAGCGUGCACAUGCUUACCGGUGACCACCCGGAGACGGCGCGGGCCAUCGCUCUCGAGGUCGGCAUCCUGCCCACGCGCAUGAACGAGAUCUCGGCCGACGUCGCAAAGACCAUGGUCAUGGCCGCCCACGACUUCGACAAGCUCUCGGACGACGAAAUCGACAAGCUCCCCCACCUGCCCCUCGUCGUCGCUCGCUGUGCUCCCCAGACAAAGGUGCGCAUGAUCGAGGCCCUGCACAGACGCCAGCGUUUCGUAGCCAUGACGGGCGACGGUGUCAACGACUCUCCUAGUUUGAAGCGCGCCGAUGUCGGUAUCGCCAUGGGAGAGAGCGGCUCCGACGUCGCCAAGGAGGCCUCGGACAUUAUCCUCACCGACGAUAACUUUGCCUCCAUCCUCAACGCCGUCGAGGAAGGCCGCCGCAUGUUUGACAACAUCCAGAAGUUCGUCCUGCACGUCUUGGCCUGCAACGUCGCCCAGGCCUGCACUCUCCUCAUCGGUCUGAUCUUCAAGGACGAAAGCGGUCUCUCCGUGUUCCCCCUGGCGCCCGUUGAAGUCAUGUGGAUCAUCAUGAUCACGUCUGGUCUCCCCGACAUGGCUCUCGGUUUCGAAGUCGCCGCCCCGGAUAUCAUGGACCGCCCUCCUCAGAACAUGAAGGUUGGUGUCUUCACCUGGGAGCUGAUGCUCGAUAUGCUGGUGUACGGUCUCUGGACAGCCGCCCUCUGCCUGGCCUCGUUCGUCCUCGUCAUGUUCGGCUGGGGCAACGGCGAGUUUGGAAACAACUGCAACAACACGUACUCUCCCGAGUGUGACACGGUAUUCCGCGCGCGUGCUACGUGCUUUGCCAGUCUGACCUGGUUCGCCCUCUUCCUCGCCUGGGAGAUGGUCAACAUGCGCCGGUCCUUCUUCCGCAUGCAGCCCAAGAGCACCAAGUACUUCACGCAGUGGUUCAUCGACACGUGGCGCAACAAGCUCCUCUUCUUCGCCAUCGUCAUCGGCUUCGUCACCAUCUUCCCGCUCAUCUACAUCCCCGUGCUCAACACGUCAGUGUUCAAGCACGCGCCCAUUACGUGGGAGUGGGGUAUCGUCUUCGUCUGCGCGGUGCUCUUCUUCAUGGGCGUCGAGGCCUGGAAGUGGGCCAAGCGCAUCUACUUCCGCCGCGUCGCGCACAAGCAGCACGGCGGCAUCGCCGACCUCGAGAGCCGCGUGUUUGGCCACUACUACACCAUUGGCGGCGUCGAACUCGAGUCGUCACCCACGCUCGGCAGCCGGACCAUCACGAACGAGAAGGACAUGCGCGAGAAGGGCGGCAACGGAUACUCCAGCGGGGGUAGCCGGUAA